AAGCAACACGAUCCAGCGCCACGGAGCGCCACAGGGACUACGGAACCGGCGUGGGCGCCAUUUUCUAUUUAAUAUAGCUGUUUCCUACAUUCUCACUCGAAUAGUGAAGUUCUACAUACCUCAAUCAAUAUCGAUUUAUGCCUCCGGGUCCCGUUGCAUCCGCCAUUUCGUCCUCAAAUGCGCGCGGUUGUGUGACACUCCGGACUUGAUUUUUUUACGAAUCCGGCCGCUCUACUCACGCCUGUCGCCGGGGGCGCGCGGCACGCGGCGGCACCGCGCGCUAUCGCCCGGCUCGCCGGGGCCGCCACUCGCCAGUCGCCGUCGGACUUGGUGGGGUGUGGGCCGCGUCGAACGCUGCGGCGCUCCGCUCGCUAAGUUCAGCAGCCAGUUGGUGGUCGGCGGACCGGACGUAACAGAUACAGCUUAUUCACAUCGGCCUGCUUUCCGUGACGGCGUCAGCAUCGUUCGACCAGCCUGCCAGCGGCACGGACCAACCUACCCUAGCACCGCCCGGGGCGCCGAGGGCCAGUGCGAGUGACUGCUGACUGGUGUGGAACCCAGUGACCCCCGUGGACCCCCGUGGACCCAGUGAUGGCGGUGUGUCGGCGGCGCUCGUUCGUCACCAAGCUGCUGGUGGCCGUGCCGGUGGCCUGGGUGGUCGUGCUGCUGGUCCUCAUGGUGGAGCGCCGGGACGCGCGGCUGGACGACUCUCCACCUGCCGCUGCCGCGGUGCACCACCCGCCGCCGAUCCGCAGCGCCAGGGAAGAGAUUGAGAGCGUGCUCGGCCCGUCGCGCCGUCUGGUCCGCAGCCGGGUGGCCGAAAACGUGCCCUGGAGGGCUGCGGAAGCGGCUGCUGCCCCUCCCCCGGCGUCCGACGGUCCACACGCCGGCGAGCAGCGCGGCUUCCUGCUACCUCCGCAGGCGCCCGACGGCCCCGGAGAGCAGGGCAAGCCGGUCGUGCUGCCCAAGAACCUGACGGCCGAGCAGCAGAAGCUGGUGGAUAAGGGCUGGAAGGAUAACGCCUUCAACCAGUACGUCAGCGACAUGAUCUCGCCACACCGCACGCUGCCCGACGUCCGCGACGACAAAUGUCGCGAGAACCAGUACAGCGCCAAGCUGCCGGAUACCGCCGUCAUCAUCUGCUUCCACAACGAGGCGUGGUCGGUACUGCUGCGAACCGUCCACUCUGUGCUCGAUCGAUCGCCCGAACACCUUCUCAAGCAGAUCAUCCUCGUGGAUGAUUUCUCCGACAUGGAGCACAUCGGGAAGCCGCUGGAGGACUACAUGGCCCAGUACCCCAAGGUGAAGGUGGUGCGCGCUCAGAAGAGGGAGGGUCUGAUCCGGGCCCGUCUGUUGGGGGCUCGCCACGCCACGGCGGAUGUGCUGACCUACCUGGACAGUCACUGCGAGUGCACAGAAGGCUGGCUGGAGCCGCUGUUGGACGAGAUUGCCAAAAACCGUACUACAGUGGUGUGUCCCGUGAUUGACGUCAUCGAUGACACGACGCUGGAGUAUCACUACCAGAAGGCCUCGGGAACCUCGGUGGGCGGCUUCGACUGGAACCUGCAGUUCAACUGGCAUGCCAUCCCGGACCGGGAGAAGCGGCUGCACUCGCAUCCCUCGGAGCCGGUGGCGUCCCCGACCAUGGCUGGAGGUCUGUUUGCCAUCGACAGGAAGUGGUUCGAGACUCUGGGCACCUACGACGAGGGCUUCGACAUCUGGGGAGGCGAGAAUCUCGAGCUGAGCUUCAAGACGUGGAUGUGCGGCGGCCGUCUGGAGAUCGUUCCCUGUAGCCACGUGGGCCACAUCUUCAGGAAGCGCUCGCCGUACAAGUGGCGCUCCGGAGUGAACGUGCUGCGCCGAAACAGCGUGCGGCUGGCCGAGGUGUGGAUGGACGACUACAAAAAGUACUACUACCAGCGGAUAGGAUACGAUACGGGUAACUACGGCGACGUCACGUCCCGGAAGGCCAUCAGGGACAGGCUGGGCUGCAAGUCGUUCCGCUGGUUCCUCGACACCGUCUACCCGGAGCUCUUCAUACCCGGAGAGGCGGUGGCCAGCGGAGAGGUCCGUAACCUGGCGCUGGGUGGCAGCACGUGCCUGGACUCCGCGGCGCGGCGCCAGGACCUUCACAAACCUGUCGGUCUGUUCCCCUGUCACAACCAGGGUGGCAACCAGUUCUGGAUGUUGAGUAAGGAGGGUGAGAUCCGCCGUGACGAGGCCUGUAUGGACUACUCUGGGUCAGAGGUGGUCCUCUACCCCUGUCACGGCUCCAAGGGCAACCAGUUCUGGACUUACGAUCCCAAGACGCACUACAUCCAGCACGGCUCGAGUAAGCGCUGUCUGGGCAUCAGCGAAGACAAGAAGAAGCUCACCAUGCAGGAGUGCUCGCCGCUCGACCAGCGGAUACGCUGGACUUUCCAGAACUACGACCAGUCGAAACUGUCGUAACGUAACGUGUAUUCACUAUUUAUUGGCGGAGUGGGGUACCAGUGGCUCCAUGGCCACUUAAACUCAGCGAAGGACAGUAUGGGCUCCGGCUUGCCCCGCGCCGGCCCCUGUGAGUGUGUGUGCGAGUGUAUGGACGAGUAUGCGUAUGUGUCCUGUGUUACCAGUCAUCUUCGAAGCCAGUCGCCAGUCUACGGGAAAUGUGACAGCGUGGGGCCGACCAGUUCAGGAAGACUACGAUGGCACUGAUGUGGCCACUCGCCUCGUGAGGCCUGUCCCCGACUACUGAAGCCAGCGCUGCCUCAGAAGACACCAGCGAGUGACGCUUUCACUACACAGUGACACUCGUUUCGGUGGCUGCACUGUUGUGCCCUAGAGCUGGUCGGAAGCUGUGGCCGUCUGAGACCCAGACUUGUUACCAUAAAGCCUGGACUCUAUGAGGAUUGGACUCUGCCGGGCAUGCAGUUAUUCCGGACUCGGUGCGUUCGAAGGACUCAUAGGUGAUCAGGACGCAGAAAAGGUGCUUGCGUAUUCGUGUGUUUGUGUGUUUGUGUUUGCGGGGCUGUUGGGAAGAAGUGUACUGUUUGUCAUUCACUCAGCUGGCCUGAGGUUUGUUUGGCUUGGGUUUGUUGGUCGCGUUUUGGUAAACCGAUCCAGCUGGGUCAGAAGGGAUAGUUUGGGGUUUUCUGGGGUGACCUGAGGGUAUGUCCAGUUGUCGCGAAGAUGGUGUUGAGUGUUGGGACCUACAGAAGGCCAGCAUAUAGAUAUGGGUGAGCUCGUGCUGCCUCAGGGUAGAGUAUGGGUCGGGGCUCAGCGGGAGGGUAGGAGAGAGGGACGGAGGGGCCGUUGGUCCGUGGACCGCGCGCUGUCUUUCAUCACGGUAUGUGUAUGCAAGUCUGCGUGUGUGUGGCUGAGGACAAGACGGCGCGGUCACCACCUUUGACCGGGUCAAACCGGAUCGAGCCGGUCGGAACCGGACCGCGCCCGUCAGGGGGCUCUGUCUCAGCUGUGAUAGAAGGUUUCGGGCCCUCCGCAUGGGCUCUCCGCUAGCAGCUGCGUCCGCUGCAGGGCGGCUCAACUCAGCUGCCGACCGUCAGGAUCUAUGAAAUUAUAUCGCAAAGAGAGCGACUCGAAGUAUUAGUUUUGUUUGUAUUAGACAAUUCGAGUAGGUUUCUACUCUUUCAUUGUUACAAAAGAACUUUGUAAGGUAUUGAAGUCAUUUUUUUGUUGUUUUCUGUCUCAUUUUCGAUGCAUGAAUUGCUCUGUAUUUGUAGCUACUCUAUUGAGAUUUGUCUGAAGACUAUAAGAGACCGAUGUCGGCUGUUUGAAUAUAUCUGCAUUCAGUACCUAUCAUAUCGCAGUUAACGCAGGAGCCGUCAAAUGCGAACAUACCAAACCCCAUAUCAAGCGGUGCACGCAUAGGAUCCUCUGAGAGCAUUCCAUCGAAAUGUGGUUUUGUAAUUAGGGUUUUCUGAAAUGUUCCCGAGUCGUGUACCUCGUCAACUUUAGAGACAAUGCAUUGUGUUUAUUGUGCGUAUCUGUAGGCCUGUUUAGAAUACCGGAGCAUAUCUCAGUUGUGUAACCUCGCUGGUGGCUUGUUGAGCUGCCUUUUGGGGCGUGCUUUGUCCGAGCACCUGCAUAGUUAGAGCUGGUGUUCUGCCUCGCCCGUGUUGUGGUUUGCGUUGGUCGUGACGCCUUUUAUGAUGCGUAUAAACUGUGGAGAUUUCUCCAGCUCA